AUGAGCGAUGACAAUUGACAAUUAUUAAAAAAAAUUAACAACAACAAUUUCAAGUUGUUAUUUUUCAAUUAUCAUUACAAUAAACAAAGAAAAAUGAGUGGGAAUCAUUUAAUUAAUUCAAUAUUCAGCGAUUUCCAGAAGAGCUUGGACGAAGAACAGGAGGUUCGCGAAGUUAUACGCAACGUUUGCAAGGAAGUUGACCAAAUAUCGCGGGAAAUAACAACAAUUCUCCAAGUAAUACAUCACGAUGAGGCCGGGAUAUCACCAGCAUGCUUGAAGGCCCGCGAACUAUUCGAGAAGGCAAGUGAGGGCUACGGGAAACUGAAGCAAGCUGUUCCAGCCACAGAUUACUAUAAGUACCAAGACCACUGGCGUUACAUGACUCAGAGGUAUUGCUUCCUCAUCUCACUGACUAUUUGGCUGGAGCAAGGCAUCCUGGCCACUCAUGACACAGUUGCAGCAAUCCUAGGCAUAAGUGCAGUGGAAGAAAAGGCUGGAUUUCAUCUUGAUAUAGAAGACUACCUCGUGGGCUUACUGCAUAUGUGCUCAGAAUUGGCGCGGUUAGCAGUCAACUCAGUGACACGAGGGAACUAUGAAAAACCGUUACAGAUAUCCAAGUUCGUUAUGGAACUCAACGCUGGAUUCAGGUUAUUAAACCUCAAGAACGAUCACCUUCGCAAGAGAUUCGACGCUCUCAAGUAUGACGUGAAGAAGAUAGAGGAGGUUGUCUAUGACUUGUCCAUCCGUGGUCUGUUGCCCAAACCGGAAGCGCUGGACGCACCGGAAACCGCUGACGCUAAGACUGACUCUUAGGUUUAAGUUUAUUUUGGAUUAAAUUAACUAUGAAUUAAAUGAUUUUUUUAA